CAAGGUGACAAAAGGUGUCACGUUAACGCGCCCCAAGAGCGUGGCCACUGCUUGCUUAAAACUGGGAAAAAACACAGCACAAAUUCAGCACAAAAAAUGGCUUUACAACGCGCGUGGAGACAAGCCACUGCACUAUAUAUCAAUGUGCAAAAGCAAAGAACCACUCACUCACAACGCCAGACUACUCAUUUUCAUUUUCUAAGUACUUUGCUCUUUCUCACAUUCAAAUGCAAAGCCCGCCACCCUUUUUCUUCCUUGAUGUAGCAAAAUUCAAAUCCCACUUUAGAUUGUUCCCAAUUCCCAUUGCCUUUUCUAUUUGGAAACUAUGGCUUUAUCAUUGGAAGUUUGAGAUUCCAACACCCCCAUUUCACUUUUCCUUUUUUCGGUUUUAAAAAUUUAGUUUUUUUUCUUCUUUUCUUUUCACUUUGCUUGUUUCCCUUUUGUUUCCUAGAUCAUUCAAAACAUGAAGAAGCUCUCAUCAACUUCUUCUCAUGCAUCCCCAUCUUCUUUAUCCACCACAAGUUUGGACCCAACUAUGUGCACCUCCAAAAGCACCACUUCAGGGUGUCUCACUGCUAUCUUGCGCAAAAUUCUUUGCUCUGAUGGCCUUCCAAGGGACCAAAUUAGAGAACUUGAUUCAUCAAAUGCUAUGUUGAGUGGCAAAGAUCAAAACUUGAAGGCUAAGCAGAAUACUGAGAUCGAUACGACUACUACUACUACUUCUGCUACUAGUAUUAUUACUACUACUACUACUCCUGGGAUAGUGGCGAGGUUAAUGGGUUUGGAAACAAUUGAGAUACCUUGUGGAUCAAAACCAAAUUCACUUUCGCGUAGCAGAUCCAUGAAUUCUGUGGACUAUUUGGGAGUAUGCAAUGGAAUGGAGGAGGUUCUGCAUAAGAGGGUUAAGUCCACAUUGUCUUUUAGGGAGGCUCCAACUUUUCUUCUACAUGAAAGUGACAAGUUUUUGGAGCUAAGUUUUGAAGGUGAAGGUGGUGAGGGUAGAGAAUUCAAGUCCAAUGGGAGAAAGAGGGAACCGGGUUGUGCAGAAUUGAAGCAGAAAGUGCGAUCAGAGAGAGGUGAGUUGAGGGAAAACAAAAGAGAAAAAGUGUGUGAUGAGAAGGUUUUGAUUGAGAAGGGGAAACUUGGAAAAAAAAGGGUCUCUGAUGUGUCUAGUGGGAGUGUUGGAAGUGGUGGUAAGCUUCAAGAAAUCACAAACACUUUGCAUCCUUCCAAGGCUUCUUCUGAAAAGAAGAAGUGUUUUGAUGAUUAUGAAGCAGUGAAAUUGUCUCAGAACAUGAAGUGCAAGGAAGUUGCGGUUGGUGAAAAGCAGAAGAGGAGGAGGAAAAAGAAGAAAACAAUUUGUCAGAAAGAAAACAAGAUAGAAGUUGAAACCAAGUCAGAAGAUUCAAGCCCAGUUUCUGUCCUUGAUUUUGAGCGUGAAGCUUGUGCAACAGUUGGUUUGAGUGCAAGAAGAAAAUUGUCACCAAAGCUUGACAAUGAUCAGCACCUUCCUGUGAGAUCUGAUGGUAACUUGAUGAUUGAUGAUGAGAGUAAGGUUGAGGCAAUUGACAACAACAAACAUGAAGGGUCAAAGAAAAAAGAGAUGAAUGGCCAGGAGUAUAUAGAUAUUUGGGUUGAAGUUUGCAGAAUAGUUGAAGAUGAAUUGGCUGAAUCAAAUAAGAUACAUAUAUGGACCAAUAAACAAGGUGAUUUAGGUAGCAUAAGUGCGGAUUUUGAGUCAGAAAUAUUUGAUCACUUGCUAAAUGAGCUUGUGGAUCAACUUGCUGGCAUCCACUGACAACUUCGCAACUUCUUCAAAAUUUGUAAAUUGAGCAUAUUGACAUAAAGUGUAUAAAGAUUUAAAUUUCCUUACUA